AUGCAUUGAAUAUUAAGCGGGGUCUGAAUAGUAAGCAUACAGCAUGUGGGUAAUUUGAUUAGAAAGCUUCUGUUUUAUGCAUGUUGCAGGGUGGAUGAUAAUGAUGAUGAUGAAGACAGAUGGAGAUCAGGAUCAGUGUCUGUAUAAGAGCAGAAGCCUUUCAACACAAGCAGGUUAAUCCAGACCCUCCAGACAGACAUCCUCAUACACUGCCACCUAUCAUGUCUCUCCUGUAUGUUAUUGGCAUGCUGGGACUUUUAAUGAAGGUUGCCGUGCCUAUGUGUGCCCCCACUGACUACACCAUCUACAUUGAGAGACAGGAGUGCAAUUACUGUGUGGCUGUCAACACCACCAUCUGCAUGGGCUUCUGUUUCUCCAGGGACAGUAACAUAAAGGAGUUGGUGGGUCCUCGUUUUAUUGUUCAGAGGGGAUGCACUUAUCAGGAAGUUGAGUACCGGACAGCCGUCUUGCCGGGAUGCCCUUCACAUGCAGAUCCUCACUUCACCUACCCAGUGGCACUUAGCUGCCACUGCAGCACCUGCAAAACCCACAGUGAUGAAUGUGCCCUUAAAACCCGCAGCGCUGGGAUGAGAUGCUCCAAACCUGUGCAUCAUCUGUACCCCGAGGAGAACAACUACGCCCAAGCAUAUUGGGACCAGUAUGAGUAAUAUUUGAUUAUUCCUUGGCUGAAUCUAAAAUUAAAGUCUUCAUGCUCAUGGGAACAGUUGUUUGUUAGAUAAUUGUUGAGUAAACCUUAUGUCAUAAAGUUACCUAAUCCAUUACGUUACUGGAUUUUAUAUCCAGCAUCUGAUGUGUUUAUUGAAGCCAAACAUGAUUUAAAAAGAAGGUGUGGUUUUAAUAGGGUUCAAAUAUUUAUGCUUUUAAGGAUGAUAUACCUUUUGUGAACUUUAAUGGUGUUUUAGUGUUUGACUGGCAGGGUUGCCAUAAAAAAUACAGUGUAAAAAUGCUUUCAUAAAACUGAGCUUUAUCAUUA